AUGGAGGCUUUACCAAGGUCUGAAAUAUCAUUUAGAAGAUCAGGAUCAUCAGGGCUUGUUUGGGAUGAUAAACUAUUAUCAGGAGAGCUGAAACCAGUCAUGAAUGAUGAAGAAAGAGAGAAAGAGCAACAAAAUAAACCAGAACCAAAACCAUAUAAAUCUGUUGAAGUUGAACCAACUAUUGACCCACCUUCUCCAAGGGUGUCUGGUUGUUGUGCUAUGUUUGGAAAGCCUGUUAAAAGCAACAAUAACAACAACACAGCACAUAAGCACAAAACUAAAGCUACCCACAAAUCAUAA